ACGGCAAGAAAACAAAACAGGAAAGAGAAAUAAAAAAAGUUGAGAAAAGGACAGCUUGAAAUCCGUUAGACCCUCUUCUUGUCAUUAUUUUUGUGAGUUAAAACAGAAACCUUACAGAGACCCCUAAAACUCCUAAAUCCAAAGUCUCUGCUACACUAAUCACUGCAGUCUGCACACAGUUUCAUACAAACAACUAGUAUAGAUUUACCACUUUAUGUAAUUAUGGCGGAUCUGUUUACAUGACUUUGAGAAAUAGCGAUCUUGAAGCUCAAAAGUGAAGACUAGAGCGAUUUAUUUGGAAGUGAGGAACUAGUGAGAUCGGAGAUGCUUGAGGGUAUACUGAACCGUGGUUUCAGCUCCAAAUGCAAAUCGCUUAUAAAGGGAGCGAGGACGCGAAUCGGAGUGGUUAGACGGAGAGCUGAGGCGCAACAGAGGUUUUUGAAGGAAGAUCUUUCCAAAUUGCUUCAUAAUGGACUCGAUAUUAAUGCUUUUGGAAGGACUGAAGAAUAUUUACUUGGGCAGAACCUCUUAUCCUGCUACGACUUUGUGGAACAAUCUUGUGAAUAUACUGUGAAGCAACUCUCCCACAUGCAGAAACUAAGGGACUGUCCUGAGGACUGCAGAGAAGCUGUGGCAUCGUUGAUGUUUGCUGCAGCAAGAUUCUCCGAUUUGCCAGAAGUACGAGAGCUAAGGGAUUUAUUUCAGGAGAGAUACGGGAACUCUUUAGAAUGUUUUGUUAACCAGAAGUUUGUCGAGAAAUUAUCUUCAAGGUCCCCUGCAAUGGAGAAGAGAAUCCAGCUGUUGCAAGAUAUAGCUUUAGAAUUUUCCAUAAGGUGGGACUCCGUGGGAUUUCAACAGAGGAUGGCACUUGCACAGGCCCAACCAAACAGGAGUGGACCUUCACACGCUUCUGCUGGCAACCACAUUCUACCAAAUGGCAAGGAUGGUGGUUCAAAAUCUGAUAAACUUGAUGUUGUACUUGGUGAAAGGCACAAGGGAUUUAAUGAUCAACAUAAUAUACAGAAUGGCAGAGAGGGUAUUGUCUUUAAGAAAGAGCAGUGGGAUCUUCAUUCCUCUAAAAGGAAAGAAACAAGUAAGUAUGGGAAUAAACCACUUACAAUGCAGGAAGCAAGCUAUUCAAAGGGGCGAAAACAUGAUAUUGUGUUUGACAAGGAGUUGGAACAGACAAGGACAAGAAACAAAGCAGUCCUGGAGAAAGAUGAUAAUUCAAUAAGGAUAGCAAAAUCAGGCAGCUCAUCACGUGGAGAGAGGCUAGAAGGUUUUGAUAAUAAAUUCACUAGACAUAAUGAAUAUCAUGGUCAAUUUCUCAAGGGAAGAGCACAGGACCCCCUAUCUUGUGCAAGAUCAGAGACUGCUCCUGGUAGGGGGCUGCCUUUCAAAAAUGAAGAUGUCUCUUCCCCUUGGGAUACAGCCAUCGAAAAGAAUACUGUUGACUCAACAAGAAUGGUUCAGCAGGAAGAUGGAAAUAGGUUGAUGACAUCCUAUGCCAACUUUGCUCUCCCUCCACCAUACAUUAAUUCAAAAGAGAAAGCCAUCCCUCCUCCCUAUGUAAAGCCAAACGAUAGCAAAGAAAGAGCCCGUAAAAGUUCUAAGCAGUCUGUUGCUGAAUUUGAUGGCCAUUUCGGAAGUUCCUCUCCACGCAAUAGAAUUGAAACAAUCAAGAUAAAUAAAGAAUCAGACCUUCCUGAUCAUGAGGCUCAAACUAUUAAACCCACUAGAACAAUUAGUCACGGCCAUGAUAAAAAAUUCUCUCACAAGGAUGUGCUCUUGCCCAAACCAAGAUCUGUUAGGAGAAAACACCAUAAAUCAGCGACAAAUCACGGCGAAGAGAGGAAGUCUGAAGAUGCCAAAGCGGUCAAGAAAAGUUCAAGUAGCCGGAGAAGGGAACAUUCAAGGAAAGGCUUGCAGAUUUUGUUUGAGGAUGAAUGCCAUCAAAAAGAUGAAGAGGAAAGGAUGAUAGAUAAACUAUUGCUGCAUUACAGUAAAAGACCACCAAAAUGUGAUGUGGAAAACCGGAGAAAAAAGCCACAAGCUCAUCUUUCACAACUGACAACUCCUGAUACUGGUGAACCCUCAAAUAAUCAAACCAACAGAGAUCAAGAUGAAAUGGAAUCAGAUAUGGUUCCUUUCCCAAAAAGAUCUAUUUCCCUCCCACAUGAGCAGGCUGCUCCAUCAAAGGCAACAAAGGUAUUUGCUCGUGCCAAUACAUUUCAGCCAGACAACCAGGCAUGUCAUGUGCAUCCAAAACUACCAGAUUAUGAUGAUUUGACUGCCCGAUUUGCUGCUCUAAGAGGCCGAUGAAUUUAAUAAUAGGUUAUACUGGAGGAGUGGUAACCUCUUCACAUUCAUUUACACAGGCUGAUUCUUGUCCUUAGCUGUUUACUGACUUGAACCUGGAACCUGUAACCUGUAACCCGUAUUACUUGACAACCUGUACCCAAAAUAUCCAUCUUGAGGUUCUCAUAGGCAUAGGUUUUCAAAUACUGCAGGUAGCUGCAUUAUAUAACAUGUUUCAUGAGGUAAAUGAUGUCCAGGCACAUUUAGGGCUUUAGCUGUUCCUUGCUCUAAUUCCCAUUGGUGUUCUAGUUGAUUGUAAAAUUGUAACCCUUCAUGAUUCAUACGUAACCUUUAUAUUUGAGGCUAUGAGAUUCUUUGAGCAA